AUGCUCUCCAUCAGCGUUCUUCCGGCGGAACUCGUCCUGCAGAUCCUCCUCGACACGAGUUGGUGCCCGGGGCUGAAGGGGCCGAAUCCAGACGUCCUGCGCCCCUACAGCCUCGUCUGCAAGUCCUGGUAUCGACUCGCCCUGCCCUACCUCGCGCAGAAUGUCUACGCCCUCACGCCGCCUCGUCUCGUCGAUCCUUUGGACGGCGUCGACCGCUACCGCUUCGUUCGCUCGGUUGCGUUCGGUCCAGCCAUACCGGACCUGGCGGUGACAGACAGGGAUGCGGCGCUCUUCGAAGAAAGAGAAAGCAUCGACAUCUGGCCCCCCAGCGAGGGAAACGAUCCGCCCGAGAUCUUGGCUCGCAUGCUGUCGGCACUCGCCCAGGAUACCGACAAGCUCCACCCUGAGGAAGCUGUUGCGCUCAGUCACUUCAAGACAGCGUUCGCUCAGGAUGCAGCGAUCAAGGUCGCCUGGUUCGACUUCUUCUCGCGCUGUGCGCCGACUCUGCGCCGCCUCGACAUCCUCGCAAUUGAUCGCUGGCUCGAGUAUCCAGACGAGUCGGACUUCUUCGCGUUUCAAAGGUCGCGUGGCGAAGCGGCUUUCUUCGGCGCCUCUUGGCGACGAGGCGAACACGCAAUUGACCAGUUGAGGCGCAGCCGAGGCAGAUACGCCCUUGAGCACCUGCAACUUGACUCGUUGCCCGUCUCUGGCGCCCUCACGAGCUUGCACAUCGGGAUUUGCGACGAUCUCGACCUCGAGCCUUUCCUCAAGCGCGGUCACCUCUUCCCCUCGCUCGAGACUCUCGUCAUCCACCACACCGUUGACGCGCCGAACAAGCCUCGGAUGGUGGAACGCGAGGAGGGCAACACGUUCAUGCACCCUCUUACCGUCCAGAUCCUCGGUGUACCCAACAAGCUUGACUUCCGUUACAGGAGACUCGUCAGGGCGUACGCUGCGCCUUUCGCCUCAAGUCUUACCUGUCUCGUUUUCGAAGGCGGGCCCGUUAUGUCUGCCGGAGUCGUGUACCCGAAACUGGACUCCAUGUUCUCGGAAGGACUCGACUUCCCCCGCCUCGAGUCGCUCUCCAUCAGGAUGCGAGUCUUCGGGAAGGAUCGCCACCUCCUCAGGGAGCGCUUUCCGAACCUUCGCAGGCUCCAGCUUACCGACUAUGCCAAUGGGAAGGCGUCCUGUCCCGAACUGCCAUCGACUCUGGAGUACCUCGAUAUUUGUUGCGACGACUCGGUCUUGCCGGAACUUCGCGCGAUGACAAGCUCUCUCUCCCGCCUUCGUUACUUCGCUCUGCGCACCAGUACCUUCAGGUUCGUACCGUUCCUGCAAGAGUGGGCCCACGAGCUUGAGGAGAAGGGCUGCACCACGCACGAGGCCUUUGACUUCGCGCGCGCCGACGAGGAUCACGCAGCCGCUCCCGACUCGAGGCCGGAAGACGACACCUACGAGCCUUCCGACGACGGCGCCGACUCCGACUCGUCCGACGACGACUUGGCGCCCGACAUGUCGAAUGGGAAGCCAUGGUGGUGGGCUGGUGGUCCUCGCGAAGAGCUGAUGGAGCGUUUCCUCGACGUGCUUCAGCCCGAACAGCGGCGCCUCUGGGGAAUCGAAGAGUGA